UAAUUAGAUGUAUAAGAUAUUAUAUCUAGAAAGCCAUAAAGGGCUAAUGUUAGCCAAUGACCAUUUAUAUAGAUAGAGGUUAAGAUGCGCAGAGAGAGAGGAAAGUCGAUGUGAUGAGCGCAAUGUGCAAGAGCGCCGUUGAUACUUUCCGUUAAACCAUUUAGCUGUUAAGUCGUUUAAUAAUUUCAGUCGUGUAGUAGAUUAAGAAUAUAUUUCUUUAUUUAAAUGAUUAUCAUGGAUGACAAUCAAGAAAACAAUAUUACAAAUGGUUCAUUAUUCUCUCCAGUUGAUAUUAUUGAUUUGACACAUGAAUCAUCAAUUGGAAUCGCACAAUCACAUGACAGACAUUUGGCAAAUGUAGAAGAAAUAGGUAAUAAUACUGUUAUAGACUUAAACCUUACUUCUACACAUAAAACAAGUGCUUCAUGCAGCAAUAGAAGUAGAAAGCCAAAACUGAACAACAUUAAAAACAUGGAGGAAAUUAUAACUCUCGAUGAUACAAUCUGUAUCCCAGAUGAUGAUAAAUACUAUGUGGUUGGAUCAGAUAAUGGAGAAUCAGUGCGGUUAAUAUGUCCAAUAUGUUUUGAACUGUUAUCUUCUAAAUUAAAACCUACUACUACUCGUUGUGGACAUAUAUUUUGUGCACAAUGCUUGGAAACACAUUUUUGUACAUCUAAAAAAUGUCCAACAUGCCAAAGUACUAUAACAUUAAAAUCUUGUACCAGAUUAUUUUUAUAAAUGUUUGUUUCAUAAAUAUUCAUAA